AUGGACGGCGCCCUGUGCGCCUGGUGCCAGAAGGUGUCCCGGCAGCCGGUGCUGGCGCUGCAGCCCGCGGCGGACGGCGGCACGCCCAGCCACAAGGCGUUCUGCUCCGAGGUGUGCUUCACGCAGUGCCGGCGCGCCAGCUUCAAGCGCAACCGCACCUGCGACUGGUGCCGGCACGUGCGACACACCGUCAGCUACGUCGACUUCCAGGACGGCGAGCAUCAGCUGCAGUUCUGCAGCGAUAAGUGCCUGAACCAGUACAAGAUGAACAUCUUCUGCAAGGAGGCGCAGGCGCACCUGCAGCUGCACCCGGCGGCGGCGGGUGCGGUCGCGGGGGCUGGCUCGUCGGGCGCGCUCAUCACACCCGACCUGUGGCUGCGCGACUGCCGCCCCCAUGGCGCCUCCGCCUCCGCCUCGCCCACGCCACCCCCAUCCUGCUCCGACGCAGACGCCUCCACCGCCAGCCCCGCAGACGCCGAGGCCACCGUGACGCCGCCCCCGCCGCCACCGCCGCCGCCGCCGUCGCUGCCGCCGGCGGAACCCGUACUGCCUCUGGUAUCAAAACUGCGCUCCUGUCAUAAACAUCCGUAUCUAUUAGGGAGUUUGCAGCAUGAGUAG